CGGCCUGGGUAGCCAAUGGUAUGCGAGAGCGGGGAGGUGCCGCCGCCGCCACUGCCGCCUGCGGAAGGGGGAGGAGGCGACACCGGGUCUGGCAGGGGAGGGGGGGAUUCGGCCUGGCUGGGCCCAGCCGGAGCCUCCUGCCGCCUGGACCGACCGAGCGGGGAGAGCGCCCCCUCCCCGUGGGCCCAGCCCACCCGGCCCCGCCUGGCCAUGGGCAACGCGGCCACGGCCAAGAAGGGCGGCGAGAUUGAGAGCGUGAAGGAGUUUCUUGCCAAAGCCAAAGAAGAAUUCCUCAAGAAAUGGGAGAACCCAUUGCAGAAUACGUCCAGUCUGGAUCACUUCGACCGGCUCAAGACCUUGGGUACAGGCUCUUUUGGGCGGGUGAUGCUCGUGAAGCACAAGGAUACUGGGAAUUACUUUGCCAUGAAGAUCCUUGACAAGCAGAAAGUUGUUAAGCUGAAGCAGAUUGAGCACACCCUCAAUGAAAAGCGCAUACUCCAGGCUGUGAACUUCCCAUUCCUUGUCAGGCUAGAGUAUUCUUUCAAGGAUAACACAAAUCUGUACAUGGUGAUGGAAUACAUCCCAGGUGGCGAGAUGUUCUCCCACCUACGACGGAUUGGCAGGUUCAGUGAACCUCAUGCCCGGUUUUAUGCCGCUCAAAUUGUGCUGACUUUUGAGUACCUGCACUCACUAGAUCUCAUCUAUCGAGACUUGAAGCCCGAGAAUCUCCUCAUCGACCAGCAGGGCUACAUUGAGGUGACAGAUUUUGGCUUUGCCAAACGAGUAAAAGGCCGAACAUGGACCCUUUGUGGGACUCCAGAAUAUCUGGCUCCUGAAAUUAUUCUGAGCAAGGGUUAUAACAAAGCUGUGGACUGGUGGGCCCUGGGUGUCCUCAUCUACGAGAUGGCAGCCGGCUAUCCCCCCUUUUUUGCAGACCAGCCCAUUCAGAUAUAUGAGAAGAUUGUCUCUGGGAAGGUUCGCUUCCCAUCUCACUUCAGCUCAGACCUGAAGGACCUGUUGCGCAACUUACUCCAGGUAGACCUCACCAAACGCUUUGGCAACCUCAAAAAUGGAGUAAAUGACAUCAAGAAUCACAAGUGGUUUGCUACCACGGAUUGGAUUGCCAUCUACCAACGGAAGGUGGAAGCCCCCUUUAUACCAAAGUGCAAAGGCCCCGGCGACACAAGUAACUUUGAUGACUAUGAGGAAGAGGAGAUCCGGGUGUCCAUCAGUGAGAAGUGCGGCAAGGAGUUUGCAGAAUUUUAGGGCCAUCCUCCCCUUGCUUUGUGCGCCCAGGAAACGGAAAGGCUGGAUUUGAUCAGCCCCAAGGGCCAGAGUUCCUUGCCUAUAUGUUAAUUUUGGGAGGUGGGAGAGUGUUGGGGUUCACCUGGAUCUAUUUGGGCAGAAGAGAGAAAAGGGUUCAUUUUGAAGCUGUGGAAACGGCAGUAGUCCGAGUGCCAUCCAUCCGCCUCCCACUGCAAGCUGCAAGGUGGCUCCCAGCACUCUAGGCGGGUUUUAAACAAAUUCCCUUCCUCCUCACAUUGACUCCAACCCAUACACAAACCCUCAUCGGACAGUCCCUGGUUUACUGGUGGCUUUAUUUUAAUAUUUUUUUAGGGGAAAGAGGAUAUUUUGCCAUUCAUCACCACCUAUAAAAGGUUUGGUUCAUGGGGCAUUGCAAGAAUUUCUGGAAAGGGGGGAGGGGUGUUACUUAACCACAUCUACACAGCACUUUGGUGUUUAGACCAGCACUGAAUCGGUUGAGGGCCCAACCUUCUCACCUCCCCCUGUGAGACAACCUUUGUCCUUUUAUCAGAUCUUUUCCCCCUUCCAGGCUCUUUUUAUUAAGAAAAAAAAAGUUUAAAGAAAAAGUUGGCUGACUUAAAAAAAAGGGUUUUAACAGUCUAAGCAGGGCAGUCCUUUUUUAUAUGCUCUGUUUCCAGCACAGUUGAAUUCAGCAAGAAUUUUAACUCUGUAAAAACAGCUCUUUUAGCAUGAAGAAUUUGUUCUUUUGGAUAGAAAGACACUUUAUUUCCAAGCUUUGCCUCCUAUUUUUGAGAUAGCAGGGGGCAAUAGUCUUCACACCUGUAGGAGGAGAACAGUGGCUGGUUGCCAAGGGAGAAAGCAUACUUAGAGAAGGAAAUUGUCUUUCUUAAAUGUGCAUGCACCCCUUCUCUCUCCCCUAGUCUUGUCCCCCCGCCCCAAAUCCAAAUGCCUCAACAUUGGCUUCACUGCUUCAGGCAUCUGCCUGAAUGAACGAGAAACAAACAGGAUCUAGACCACCCUGUGAAACACCAGAUAGGAUCUAGCUAGUUCAAAGAGGCUUCUCCCGUUUGGUAAGCAAUCAGGAUGGGGCAAAGUCCACAUAGAGCGUGAGAGUUGCAGGUGAAAUACCUUGGCUGCAUAGGAUCCUAUGCUGCCCAGCUCAAAAACCUCCAGCAUCUGUUUUUGUAAUACAAAGAUCUUUCCAGUCUGUUGGUGGAAACUCCAUUAUUCCAGUCCUUAAGGGCUCCAGCCACUUGCUUUGUUUUUAUGCUAAGAUGAUAAUAGAGUGAGUGGAAGGUGUAAGGCCUGGUGUAAAGCAAUGUGUGGUUUAGAAGCAAAAGUGUUGGGAAGACCCAUCUACUUGGGCAAGCCAAUGCGGUGCUGAUUGGGGAUGAGAGAUGGCAUCUGUUUUAAAGUCUUUUUUCCAUGGAUGAAUGGGGAUCUGUGACUCAAAGGAUGUUGGGGGAAGGGCAGCCUGUUUCUCCAUUUAAUCUGUUCUGUUUCCUCCCCUCCCCUUUCCAAUGCAAUGCCUCCUUGUGUUCUGUCUUCACCUACCCCACUCCAAACACACUCUUUCUGUACACACCAGUUUAGUUUCUUUUGUUCUCUUUCCAUGGCCGGGGAGCAGAGCAGUCAUCUUUAGAAUGAUAGAUGAAUUAUAUAACACACAUGGAAGCGCUGGCAGGAGCAGACAAGCUUUGCUUGCCCUCCAACUCCUCAUCAUCCUCAUCCCACCAAAAGUUCACCAGCCUCUUCUGUGUUGGGUUGGGGAGAGGGGGGAGUUAAAUACCCACCAGCCCCCUGCCUUGGAAAAAACACACUUCUAUGUAAUCCAACAAAACUUGUUUCACUGAGAAAAAAGCAAACCUUACUUCCUCUUUAACAGUGUGCUUUGUUGUAAACAUAUUUGAAACUAUUACCAAUAAAGUUUUGUUUAAAAAAACCCCACACAA